AUGGCGAUCACGUACGGUGUCCGGCCACUCUAUGGAGGAGCCAUGACUGUUGAGUUGCCCGUGGAGUUGAUUGAUUCGAGCGACAUCCGCCAAAUCCCCGACCACCAAGAAGUCUUCCUCUCGCCCACGACCCUCACGUCCAUCAUCUUCGAGAUCAACACGUACGUCUCGUCGGGCGCACCGGGGCAGGCCCCGACAACCCACACCGAAAUCAGCCCAGACGGGACCACCACCACAACAACCACAACCACGACCACCAGCGUCACCACCUCGGUCGUUUCAGGCCACGCAAGCCCACAGACACAACCAAAUCCAGAACAGCCAGACCGGAACAGGGACGCCGACUAUGAAGCCACGAAACACCACUUCACAGACGUGAUCUCCCCACCCGACACCCUCGUGUCGACACUGCCGACACCCCAGCCCGUGAAAAUGCUAGACCCCUCUCUGGCGGGGUACGCGGCGUACAUGCUCGCCGGGAACAUCAACACCGUCGACGACACCGCGCGCAACGCAGGCUCCCACGCUUGGCCGACCCAUCCCGGCGCCGCCACCGCGCCGGCCGACUUCCCCACGACGGGGGGCUCCUCGGCCUCGCACGCGGCGCAGUCGUUACUCAGCCUCGUUCAUCAGAUCCAGCUCCUCAUCCGUCUGCCUGAUCGUGGCACGGACGUUCUUGUGCGCGUGGCUGUGCCGCUGAAGGAGUUUGCGCGGGCGGGCCAGGCGAUGGGGAGUAGUGACUCGGGUGCCACCGAGGGGAUGAUUGCCGAGGAGGUGGGCAGGGCAAGGGAUCUGGUCGCUAGGGUGGUGGGGACGCUGAAGGUGCGCGAUUGGGGGUUGUUGGAUGGGUAG